UUGUCGAACAAAUUUUUGUUAAUAAACACGCGUUUUUAUUUUAUUUUUUCUAGUUCCAAAAUGUCAUCGAAUUCGGAAGCCGAUCGUAUCGAAUCUCGAGUGAUUGAAUUUCUGGAAAAUGCUAUCGCUUCAACCAAUGAAAGUGAAAAAGUAUCAUUCCUAAAUCAGGCUCAAGAACUGGUCAUUCAUAAUGAUAUUUUGGAUAAUUUUCUCGAUGAAAUUCUUGGAUUUCAAAAUGAUAAAUUAUCUGAAGUACGUAAAUUUGUUGCCAGUUUUAUCGAAGCAACAUGUAGAAAGGAUCCGGAUUUUUUCCCAAAAGUUAUUGUCAAUUUAAGCCUUAUGUUAGCCGAUGAAGUUCCCAAUGUUUUGAAACGUGUAAUUCAAGCUUUAACUCAAUUGUAUAAAAUAUUUUUGCCAUGGAUUUCGACGGCAAAAGUGAAUGAAGAAAUUGAAUCAACUGGUGAAGUUUGGAACCAGAUUAAAAAUCAGGUUUUCUCAUUGAUCGAUUUAACCGAAAACGAUGGUGUUCGUACCCAAUGUGUUAAAUUUAUCGAAAUGGUUAUCGUAUGUCAAACUCGAAGAGAUAAUUUCUCUAAAGAAGAAGAUUUCUCUCUGGAUCAAAUCGUUAACGUGGAUAAAAAAUUAAUCGACAUUGAAACAUUGGAAGACGAAGCAAAACAAUUGUUUGAACAAUUGAUUAAUUUUCAAUCGAAAAUUCAUAUUUCUAGUGUAAAUUUAAUGGCUACAAUGCAAAGUUUAUCGUUGAUUGCAAGACAACGUUCACGUUUGUUUUUCGACAAAGUUGUUUUGGCAUUCGAAACUUUAAGUACAAAUUUACCACCAACAUUGGCCAAAUCACAAGUUAAUUCUGUCAACAAACAAUUAAAACUUUUAAUGUUCAUGUUAUUUAAACAUCCUUAUAUUCAAUUCUCGAAAUAUCAAUCGAAAAUAAUGCAAACAUUGCAAAAUAUUGGCGUCAAACAAAGCGAAAUAAAUCGUUGUAUACAGGAAAGUAAAAAACGUGGUAUCAAAAUCGAAGCCAACAACAGCAAUAAUAAUGUUGGUCAUGAACCGAAACGAAUCAAAAUUGAAAUGGAUGAAGAUGAUGAUGAAAUGGAAAACAAUAAUGGUAAUAAUAAUCAAGUACAAGAAAAUGAACAACCAAAAUUCAAUCUGGAUACUAGUCUACAUGAUUUAUCAAGAAAAUUUUCUCGAUAUGAUGCUAUUAAAGCUGCCGAUAUAACGGCCAAAGAUCUAAUUGGUCGUCUAAAUAAUUCGAAUACUGUCUGUGAUUUAGUUCUUACAUCAUUACAUUUAUUACCAGAUAAUUUAAAGCCGGAAUCAAUUGCUUCAUUAAAUGAUUUUUCAUUCUCAUUGAAUGAUCCGGCAGCUAUUAAAAAAAUGGCAUUUUUUCUCACCGGAAUGGCUAUCGGACCAGGAAUCGAUGAAGUGAUAGCUAAAUAUAUGAAUCUAUUUGAAACUCAAUAUCGAAUGAAAAUUGACAAUGAAACAAAUAAAAAAAUAACAAGUAUGGUAAAAAAAUUAAUAAGUCGUGAGAUGAAAAAUCAACAACAAAAUCAUAAUAAAGUUAAACUUGUACAAUCGGGAAAGAAAAUGACAUCAGCCGUAAAGAUUAAACAACUUAAAUUGGAAGAUAUAACUAAACCAUUGGAAUUGAAUGAAAAAAUUCGUCAUAUGGAAAAAUGUAUUUCACGUAUAUUGGUGUCGAAUCAAUCGGCACAAUUUUCAGCUAAACAAUAUGAAAAUUAUCGUAAAAUAAUUGGAAAAUUUUCAUCAAAUCUAGUUGCAUUUGAUCCAUUGAAAACAUUGAUAAAGGAUUAUAUUUUUCAGGAUAUUCGUUCCCGUUAUGAUAUAUUAUUCAAUGCUUUAUAUCUAGAAUAUAUUCAUUGUAAAUCACAUGAAAAAUCAAUGAAAUCAUAUUCCGAUUAUCUUGCAUGGAUCAUUGAAAGUGUAUUCGAUACUUGUGAAACGAAUGAUUUGGAUUUUUUUCUUCAAAAACUAUAUCUAGAAUCACCAUUACUUGAUGAUAGAGCUAUUGAAAUGUUUAAGAAUUUUGUACUUCAUUCAGAAGAUUUUGAAUCAUCAUCAACCAUAUUACGAAUAUUGGUUGAGAAAAGACCAUCGUAUAGGCAAGAAUUUCUCACCUGUUUAUUACAGAUUUGUAUUGAAACAGAAAAUGCUGAUAUUCAUCAAUCAUCAUUGGCGAUGAUUAUUGAGAUUUAUCAGAAUCCUAAAUUUAAUCUAAAAGAAACUGCUGAAUCAUUUGCAUUAGAAUGUUUGAAUCGAUUGAAAAAUGAUACAUAUGGUCCGAAUGUACUUGGAGCAAAGGAACCGAUGCCCUGGAAUGAUGAUGCCAUCAAAGCUGUACUUGCUGUUUAUCUAAAAUUAUUACCACUUAAUCAAAAAUUGAUUCAUGAAUUACCAAAUGUUUAUGUGGCAACAAAUGCCCAUAUAAAACGUGUUAUUUUACGAUUAAUUCAAGAACCAAUUCAAGAUAUUGAUAUGAAUUCAAUGGAAAUGAUUAAAUUCGUACAGAAUGGUUUUAUUGAUGGUGCCGAAAUUCUUGUAUCACGUGUAAUACACAUAUUGACCGAUAAACGAAAACCAAGUGCUAAAUUGGUUGCCUGUGUUAAAGAUUUAUAUCAAAAACAAAAACGUGUUACCGAUGUUCGUUUUCUAAUACCAGUGCUAAGUGGUUUUACCAAACGAGAAAUUAUUGAAAUCUUACCACAACUAAUCAAAUUGAAUCCAAAUGUUAUAAAAGAAGUGUUCAACAGAAUGUUCGUUUCACAUGAUCCAUCAUAUCAAAGUCCAAUUUCACCUGCCGAUCUCAUGAUUGCAUUGCACAAUAUUGAUCCAUCCAAAUGUGAUUUGAGGACAAUUAUAAAAGCCAUACAUUUAUGUUUCGAAGAGAAAUCAUUGUUUACAGCUGAAGUUUUUGCCAUUGUCAUGCAAAUGCUUAGUGAACAAAAUCCUUUACCAACAUUAUUGAUGCGUACAGUGAUACAAACAUUGGGCCAUUAUCCAAGGUUAAUCAGUUUUGUUAUGAACAAUAUUCUUCAACGUUUAAUAUUGAAACAAGUUUGGAAUCAGAAAAAAGUAUGGGAAGGUUUUAUCAAAUGUUGUCAACGAACAUUACCACAAAGUUUUCCUGUAUUAUUACAAUUACCACCAAUACAAUUACAAUCUGUAUUUCAAACAUGUCCAGAAAUUCGUCCAUCAUUGAUUAAUUAUCUACAACAGAUGAAUCAACAACAGGUUUCAUUAAUACCACAAUCAUUAUUGGAUGUAAUAUUAUCAUCUGAAUAUGAUAUGAAUACAAAUCAAAUGAUCAAUUCUGAUGGUGGCCAUCAUAGAUCACAACAACGGCAGCAGCAGCAGCAAUCAAUCACUGAAUCAAUAACUGAUAAUGUUGAUUCAUCAUAAUAAUAAUUCAGUAUUGUAAAAUGAAU